UAUAGAUGAUAGAAGAGAAUAUAGAAAUCACAACGUUUUCUUAAUUUUUAUCUAGUUUUGAAACAUUAUUGGUAAAGGCAUUGCCUACUGUAAUUGGAAUGGUAAAGAUGGAGAUUUAUGAAAAUAGGAAUUGAGUAUUCUUACAACGUUAGUGAAUAUGUAUUUCAUAAUAGGGAGAGACAGUAAUCAUUUAUAGUUAUUGAAGAUGUAAUCGGAAUUGGUUUUGGAACUAUAUAUGUGAAUUUAUUGGUGAAAGGCUUAUUACUUUGUAUGAAUUCCAGCAUAACAACGUUGAUGACAAGAUAGUUUAAAUUGCAUCAUUAUGUGAAAAUUGGGAUCUCGUAUUAGAGAUCUUUAUUAUUGAAUGGAGUGUUUUUGAUUGUAAUAACUCCUGCAAUAGCUGGUUCAACCUAUAUCCUUUCAUAAUUCAAUAUUCCAAUGUAGGAUAUUAAAAAUAUAAAAGAAUUGUAGCUUAGAAAGCUAUAUAAUAUGUAUGGGAGAUGUUACCAGCCUUGUAUGCAUUUACAUAUUUUGAUUGUACAAAGAAUUAUUUGUAAAGUAUGGGCAUAGAUUAUCCAGUGUUAGUGAUACAAAUAUUUACAACAGUAAGAAAAUUAAUAAAUAUAUAAAGAUUUUACAUAUAUAUUUGUCUAAAUAAUUUAUAGUAUAUUUAGAUCUUGGAAUAAGAGGAGCUGCAUGGUGUAAGAACUUUUCAAGUUGUACUUCAUCAUUAUUACUAUAUAUAUACAUUUUCAAAUACUAAAAAAAUCAUCCAGCAUGGAUAGAAUGGGAUAGAAGAAGUUUAAAAUCAAUAUUUUAAUUUUCAUAUGGUUUAUUACAUUCUUCGUUCAAAAACUAUUUGUAAAAUGUGUCUUUUGAAAUAAUGGGAUUUGUAGCUUUGUGGUUAACUUAUGAAGAAUUUUCAGUUUGUGUUUGUCUGAUUUUCACAGCUUAAGCAUUAUAUAUGUUUUAUUUGGGUGUAGCAAUGACAGCUGCAUAAAGAAUAAGAAGAUUAUUUAAAGAUCAAGAAUAUGAAAAAGGAAGAAAACAUGUAUGGCAUUAUUUAGCAACAAGUUUAAUGACUGGUAUAUUAUUAAGUUUUUUAUUGGUGGUUUUUAAAUAACAAUGGAUUGCUUUAUUUUAUAUGGAUAAUGAGACAUCUCUUAUUUUAUCUAAUAAUUUAAAAUUAUUCUUACUUACUCUUACAAUAGGUGGUAUGUAAAUAAUGUUAGCUAAUUUAUUGGGUGCUUUAGGAGAAGUAGCAUUCACUAUAAAUGUUUAAUUAUUAUGUUAAUAUGCAAUUGGAAUAGGUACUGGAAUUUAUUGGGGAUAUUAUGAAUAAUAUGGAUUAAAAGGUUUAUGGUUUGGAUGGGCAUGUGGAUUAUCAGUGAGUGCUAUAGUCUUAUUCUUAAGAUUGAUACUCUUGAAUUGGGAAAAGAGUGCAACCAAAAUGUUUGUUGAAGUAACUGAUGAAACCAGCCAAAUCAAAAAAUCAAUCAAUUGAUUAAAUCUGAUCAGAAUUAUAUAGUUUAAUAAUCA